UGGAGGGCCUGGCCGCGGCUGCCCAUGGGACUCGUGUCACUGUCCGCCUGGCAGCAGCCCAGGUAUAGGAAGAAUGCCUAUCUUUUCAUUUACUACUUAAUCCAGUUCUGUGGCCACUCAUGGAUAUUUACGAAUAUGACAGUCAGAUUCUUUUCAUUUGGAAUAGAUUCAGUGGUUGACACUUUUUAUGCUAUUGGAUUUGUGAUGCGACUUUGCCAAUCCAUUUCCAUGCUGGAGUUGCUGCACAUAUUUGUUGGCAUUGAAUCAAACCAUCUUCUUCCUAGAUUCCUACAGCUCACAGAGAGAAUAAUCAUCCUCUUUGUGGUGAUCACCAGUCAAGAGGAAGUCCAAGAGAAAUAUGUGGUGUGUGUAUUAUUCAUCUUUUGGAAUCUAUUGGAUAUGGUUAGGUACACGCACAGCAUGUUAGCAAUCCUAGGUAUUUCCUAUGCUGUCUUAACGUGGCUCAGUCAAACACUUUGGAUGCCAAUUUAUCCUUUGUGUGUUCUUGCUGAAGCAUUUGCCAUCUAUCAGUCGCUGCCUUAUUUUGAAUCAUUUGGCACUUACUCCACUAAGCUGCCCUUUGAUGUAUCCAUUUAUUUUCCUUACGUGCUGAAAAUAUAUCUCAUGAUGCUCUUUAUAGGUAUGUAUUUUACCUACAGUCAUCUUUACUCAGAAAGAAGAGACAUCCUCAGAAUUUUUCCCAUUAAAAAGAAGAAAAUGUGAAUGGUUCCAAUAUGACAUAAGAAGACAGGCUUGUGAAUUCAGCUGCAGUAAUGAAAGCAGGAAGCUCUGAUGGAAAAAUACCAGGCAUUCAACACAAACGCAACAUGAAAUAAUUGCACUUCUUUCCCAAACUCUUGACAUACCACAGCAGACUGUUUCUCACACAUUGUAUUUGUAAAACAUAUGCCCGGUACCUUCUGCUUCAUCAAAGCUGUAGAUUUUAUACAAGUGAAAUGAAUAAGGUAUGAAGCCUGAUUAUUUUCCUGUUAGGUUACUAAGAAGUAGGAGGUUAACUUGAGUAGAUGCAAUUAAAAUGAGAAGCCCAAAGUUAACUUAUAUUACAUUUAUUUUUUUUCACUCCUGAGUUCCCAAAUAGCAGCAGAUCUCUAAGAGCAGAAAUAAGUGCCACAGUUGUCUAGAAUGACAUUUUUUCAAAUAGAUGUUGUCACUUUCCUUAGAGCUAACACCCAUCAUAAACAUUAGACAUUUAGAACAUGAAACAUUUUCCCCAAACUCUAAAAGAGCUGUGGUCAGUAUUACACCAGUCUCUUUAAUAUCUUGGAGAAGAACCUGAUGAUUACAGAAAAGAUCUUUGGUAAAAAGACAAUUGAGCUCCAUAUUACACAAGAAAUCAGACCAUAUCAUAACUUACAGAAGACAAAAAAGAGUAAAAAUGUAGCAAAUCACUUUAAUAAGGCAAGAAAAUUAAAUUGAGAACCAGGAAUGUUCAGAUUAUUUAUUACUAAAUUAUUAUAGCUAAUUAGUCUGUCAUAUAUGUCAUCAUUUAUAGAAUUGAAAAUUGCUUCUAUCUUUGAAGAUCUUAAAUAUAUGUGAAUAAUUGACUAACAGGAUUAUUUCUGUAUCAUUAGAAUGCCACUCACCUUUCUAGAAAAAAUUGUAGAAUCUUGUCCAGUAACUGAAUAUAAAUAUUUUGUAUCAUAAAAACCAGGUAUUAGAAAUACAAUAUUAAAAAUGGGUAAUCAUAUUUUCAUUAAGAUAUUAGAAUAAAUCUUUCCAAAUUUAUUAUUAUAUUUGGCAUUUUAUGAAUAUAAAAUUAUCUUUGCUAAAACUACAUUUUAUUUUGCUGUUACAUAUUUUGUGAAGCUUUGGCGUGCAGAGAGAACAUAAUCCCCAUCAGAUGGCUAGGUAGACUGCUACAAUACACAUCUAGAAUCAUGAAAAUCAAGAGAGAAUGAGAGAAAUGAUACUUUAUCAGGCCAUUAUUGGAAAUAAAAACUUCAUUAUUAAAUGACUUUCAUUUUAAAAUCAGAAUUUUUAUCUUAAGUGCCUUCCUACUUCAUAAAAUAGAGGACCAUAAAAGAAUACAAAUAAAUUUGUAAUCAUGGUAAUUCUAAAGUAGAGACAAGGCUUGAUGAUAAUUUGAGGUAUCUACAACAAUUGUAAAAUAAAAAGAUCUGUGAUUACCUUUGACGAUAGCUAAAAUAGUUAAUACAACUGUAGUUCAUCUCCUGUACUUAGAAUAGAAAAAACACUAAAUUUCAUUAGAUGUUAGUGAAAUAAGGAUAUUAUUUCUUUUCCUAUCCAAGUUACUAUUUCCCAUAAUGAAGAUGAGAUAGUAAAAGUACAGUUAAUUAGAUGUUGCCCAGAUAGCAGUGUUGUUUUCUUCUUUAUUUUAACUGUAUGUCUACCUAAUCUCCAUUUCAUUCUGUUCAGUGUUGUCAAAGCCUUAUUUUCUUUUCAAAUUUAAUUAAAACAAUGAGAUAGGAAGCAUAAGAUAUUAUGAAAACAUAAUACAUAACUUUGCAAAUGUUUUUCUUUGGGGUUUUAAAUGUCAAGUUGCAUGGCCUGAUGUUUCAAGUAACCCAAACUAGGGCAUAGUAAUCAACAUUGGCAGUGCCUCCAGUGCUGAUAAAAAAGAGUAAAAUGUCAAUAAAUCAAAACUACUUUGGAGGGGAUCCGCAGAUCACCCAUGGCCCCAAAAUAUAUGGAGAAGGACAGAGAAAAAAAGAGUUGAGGAAGAGAAGAAGUGAUAAUCAGGAAGCAAUGCAACAGAGAGCAGGGGUCAAAGGGCUCCAGUCCAUGGGUGGUAUAAAGGAGUGGGAUAGCUAACUAUCCAAACCAGACUCAACAACACUGAAAACAAGCGAUCCAAACUUUGACAACCAAACUUACUAAUGUGCCUGUCAAAAUGGCAGACUGGGGAUGGGCGUUUGGGGGUGGGGGUGGGAGGGAAUCCUGGUGGGGGAAAGAAGAAACUGAUGGUGGGAUUGGUGCUGCAACAUAGUAGGUCUAAAUCUCAACUAUGAAUAAUUGUAAAUCACGGUGCUUUAAUGAAAUAAUAAUAAUAAAAAACUACGUCGAAGAAAUUAUUUCAUCACUCACCAAAAGUCUACCUUAAAGUCACAAAUCAAACAUGUGGACAAAGCAUAUCCUUAUUUGGUAAUGUCAGAGUCCCAGGACUUUACCUUCAUGGAAGUAGUUAAAAGAAAAGCAGUAAGUAAACUUUUCCCCUAAACCUAUCCAUUCAGGAAAGAUGCAUGUUAAUUUAAUGUUAACUUAGUCCUGCAUGCUUUUCAAAAUACACUUUAUUCUGGCCUUAAGGGUUUUAUUUCUCCUUAAGUGAACCUUAGGAGGAAUAAGUUGAUCCCAAGUUGGCUGCACACAUGUCUGCACUCCUUCAAGAAACACUUGGGGCUGGAGAGAUGAUAUCUCAUUGUUUUGAUUUGCAUCUCUCUGAUGAUUAGUGAUGUAGAGCAUUUUUUCAUGUGCCUUUUGGACAUUUGUAUUUCUUCUUUGAGAGAAUUUCUGUUCAUUUCUUCUCAUUUUUUGAUGGGGCUGGAUGCUUUUUUUCUUGCUAAAGUUCUACAGUGCUUCAUAUAUCUUGGAUAUUAACCCCUUAUCAGAUGCGUAUUGGGUAAAUAUUUUUUCCCAAUCCGUGGGCUCUCUUUGUAUCUUGGUCACCAUUCCCAAGAUCAAUGUAGUCCCACUUGUUUAUCUUUGUUUCAACUUACUUCAUCAGUGGUGUUUCAUCUUUAAAGAUAUCUUUAGCUUCAAUGUCAUGGAGGGUUCUCCCACAUUUUCCUCUGUGUAUCUUAUGGAUUCAGGUCUGAUGUUGAAGUCUUUAAUCCAUUUUGAUCUGACUUUUGUGCCUGGCAUUAGAAAGAGGUCUAAUAGAGAAGAGAUGACUAGUUAAAGAAACUAUGGUACAUCUACACAAUGGAAUACUAUGUAACUGUUAGGAAAAAUGAAGUUACAAAAUUUGCUUAUAUAUGGAUAGACAUGGAGAAUAUCAUGCUGAGUGAAAUGAGUGAGAAGGAAAGGAGCAUAGAAUGAUCGAACUCAUUUGUGAAAUAUGAAAAAAAAAUCAUAUGAGACCAAUACUCAAGGACAGUAGAGACAAGGGCCAGGUGGGUUGGUCAUGUCUCAAGUUCUGGGUGAGAAGGCAGUUGGGAUCGAGAAGGGACCACCAUGACUAAACUAGUUGGAAAUGAUCGCUCUGGAUCUGUAUAGGAACUGCAUGUUGAAAACAGGUAAAGGAACAAACAUGAUAACCUCUUAGUACCUGUA